AUGCCUGCCAGGCCCAACUGUGAAGCCAAGAUGAGGAUGUGGCGCCCUUUGAAUCAAAGCAUGGACAAUCACCCAACCACAUCCAGAUCUCCCCGGCCCUUUUCUGCGGCGGAGAUGUCUGUUUCGCUUGUCUCUAGAAGCAAGGGGCCGCGGCUCUGGCAUCGCCAUCAGACUACCUUGGGAGAGGGAAACCAGCGUAGAAAACGAACCAAGAGCUCAGCAGUCCGGAUCGGGAGCCUGGAGAGAAAAACGAAACCUUGGGAACUUUCUCCAGCAUUUCGGCACACCGGGGGAGCGGAACCGGAGACCCUGUCCCGGAAGCGCUGCGGCCGUGGAGUCUAA